AUCUGUCCCCGGCACAACGCAAACUGGCUGAAGCCACGGACCGCAAACUUCAGAACAAUAUUGAUUGCCAUAAAGCAGGUCCACUCUUCUUGAUGAUCCUUCCAGGAGAAAUGGAAGGCUCUUACAUCUUUGUAUGUUGCAAGAAAUAUGCUGAUCGAGUCUUGGGCAAAUGGAUUCCCAAAUCAGAAAUCCAGGCGACGCGUCGUAAGUUUUUGGUAUGGUGCACCAACACACUACGCGCCAUUCAGGCCUCCGAUCAGUCAACCAAGGUGGAGGAAGCUCUGGAGUUUUUGGACGACGUGAUCGAAGACACCACCGAUGUUUACCAAGGUCAACUCUUGAUCGACAUGGAUAUGGCAAACGCCAAGGAUAUUUACAAUGGACAAACGGUCACGGGGAUGCUUGAUGAAAUGCAAGAACGUGAACAACAACUGGAGGAUGCCUUUGUGGAAAUUGAAGCUUGUGACAACGCCUUGGCGGCUAAAGAUCAGGCCCUGGCCCAGCAGAAGACCGCGACUGCGGCCCUCCAAGCCCAACUUGAAGCUCUUCAACGCCAAACAGCUCACCACUUGGCAAUUGACUCGCAACCACCUGCUCAAAACAAUGAGGUCUCUCCAGAUCGGUCCGAAUUUACUACGCCACCAAAAAAGAGGAAAAGCAAGGAUACUUCCACUGUUUUAAGGCCAGGCAGACAUACCUGA